AUGUAUGAGAAAAUCUUUGGUACACAACAUCGUCUGACUGUCUUGAGAUUGUAUAAAACUAUUCUCCGUCUACAUCAAAGUCUUCCUCAUGAAUUAAAUCAAUUAGGCACCCAAUACGCUCGUGAUGAAUUUCGUCGUCAUAAGAAUGCUCAACCAGAAUUCGUUACUAACUUUAUGGUUGAAUGGAGUGAGUACGCUCGAAUACUAACACGUCAAGUUUCGUCUAAAAACAAGGCUUCAUUUGGUAAAGCAAAUUCACAAAGCUACUCAAUCAACGAAAUAAUGCCUAAUGACGCAGAUCAAUGUCCUUCACCUCCUAUCAAAGAUCCAUAUAUCCUUUCAAUUGACAUUGGUACAUCCUCAAUACGUGCUUUCCUUUUUUCGAAAUCUUUUGAAAUUGUAUCAUCAAGUCAAAAAUCACAAACACUUCUUUGUCCCGAACCACAUGGUUAUGAAUUCGAUCCCGAUAAGUUCUGGUCCACAUUACUCGAAGUGAUCAAUGAAACCAUCCAAUGUGCCAAACCAUUAACUGCUACAGAUAUCACUUGUCUGGGAAUAUCAACAUUGAGAAAUUCAGUUAUCCUAUGGGAUCGUAAAACAGGUGAAACAUAUUCGAAUAUCAUCCUCUGGAAUGAUUCGAGAUCGAGUUCACAUGCAACAUCAACGAAUACAUCAUUGACAUGGAAAACUAUUCGUGGCUUUGCAAAAGUCAUUUAUCCUAUCGUUCAAACUGCUCGCAUUUCAACAUUGUCCAAUCUCGAGUUUCGCACGCAAAUGAUUGCAUUCAAAUUAUUGUGGCUAUUCGAAAGAAAACCGGAAUUAGUUCAACGUGCGCGAAAUAAUGAAUUAUUAUUUGGUUGUAUCGAAACUUGGUUAAUCUGGAAACUAACCGGUGGACAAGAACACGUCACCGAUGUAUCAUGUGCGAGUUCAACUGGUCUCUACGAUCCAUUUCUGUCCCAAUGGUCUACACUACUUUGUAGAAAUCUGGGCAUCGACAUGAGAUUACUACCAGCAAUUAAACCGACAUUCGGAGAAUUCGGAAGAUGUGAUCCGAACCUAUUUGGGUGUGCAAUUCCUAUCACUGCUGUUAUUGGCGAUGUUCAAGCGAGUAUGUUUGGUCAAUGUGUAUCUCAACCUGGCGAAUGUUUACUCACAUUGGGUACCGGUGCUUUCAUCAAUAUUCUAACUGGUCCUGUUAGCGCUUGCACCGAUGGUAUUUAUCCAUUAGUUGCUCAUUCGGAUCUCUCUAAUUCGUCUGAAAACGUUCAUUUCAUGCACGCAUUCCAUAGCGGAUGUGCGACGGUGCUAAAUUGGGCUAAACAAGCGCAAUUUUUCGACGAUUUUUCUGAACUGAAUGCUAUAUCGACUGAUGCUCGACCAGCGAAAGCCUUCUUCCUUCCAGCAUUUGGUGGUCACAACAACGAUCCAUACUGCGGUUCCGGUUUCAUUGGUAUCGAUAGCGAGACGAAACGCGAUGACUUACUCCGUGCUAUCCUGGAAUCCAUUGCUUUCGUUAUCUACGAAGUCUUUUCAUUUGUUCGUGAAGAUUAUAAGAAACAUCAAGGAGGUAAACAGUUGAAAUGUCUACGCGCAGCUGGUGGUGUGGCAACAUGUGAUUUCAUCUGUCAAAUCAUUGCUAAUUUAUCCCACAUGUCAGUUGAACGAUGUCAUGCGUUCAAUUUAGCUUCUGGUAUUGGCGCUGGCUUUCUUGCUGCUUAUGGUUACAAUCUUGUGGACGAUUACGAAUAUUUUCAAAAGAUUAUCACUGUUGACAAAGUAUUCGAGUCUGUUCAUUGUGAUAUUACAGAAACGAACUAUAAACAAUGGAAGGCGAUCGUACCUCGCUUUGGCAAGUGGUACGCAUCGGAUGAUAGAAAUGAUAUUAUUUUCAUUGAGAAAUUGAGAAUAAUCGUCAUGUCAUCAGCUUUACUACGUAUACCAUCUCUAGUUUCAUCGUCGAUUGUUCGACGUUUGGUCAUCGCCAAUGCUUCAACUAGUAGCCAAACAACAGCAGCAGUGACGAAGUCCGAGAAACUGCCGCAAAUUAAAGUUGCUCUGUGUAUACAACGAUAUGCACAUUUAUCACCUGAAAUGGCACCAAUAGAAAAAGAAUACACAGACUUAAUCACCGAAGUGGAGACUGAAAAUAGUUAUUUAUCGGAUCAUGAAUUACGACAUAAACGAGAACUUGAACUUGGUAAACAACGGCAAAUUUCGGCGACGAGUACAGCCGCAUCCGUCACAAUUGUUGAGACAGCUGUUGAUUUAGAAGAUCGUUUAGCAAAAGAUUUUUCUAAUUUUCACUUCAUGCCAAGAGAAACAGAGGAUGAUAAAACAAAUAAUCUGCAUAGUCACAAUCGUAAACUGGAUGAUAAUCUACUACUAAUUGUUCAGCAGAAGAAUACUCAAACAAAUAAAGAUGAAUGGAUUUUUCCCGAGAAAAACUACAAUGGCGAACGAUCACUACGAGCAGCUGUUGAACAACUGGUGACAACAUGUGGAAACCUUCAUGUUCAAAUAGCUGGCAACGCGCCAUUAGCAUGUUAUAAAGAUGAUGCCGAUAAAUCGUCGAAAAAAAUUUUCUUUUACAAAGCGGAAUAUCUGGCAGGUAUUGUCAAGCAAUUCGCUACUCUCAAAUCAUCUCCUUACAAAGACUAUGCAUGGGUCACCCAUUCCGAUCUGACAAAAUACUUGUCACCGUCAUAUCAUAAAGCUGUUAAAGAUAUGUUAUUUGUUUUUUGA